GUGUCAAAACCUGUCAAAUUAUUGUUACAUUUUAGCCAGGUGUGUUUCAAGUUGCCUUUAUCAAAAUUAUUUGUAUUUUAUUCGUUAGUUACGUAAUUCCUGACGAUGGGCCAAGUGGUUCAGUUCGUUGUGGGUCUCGUGGCCACCUUGAGUGCAUUUUCCUUGGGCACCGUGAUCGGAUGGUCAGGACCCGUGGCGGAGGCGAUCCUCGAUGGCUCCGCCUAUAAAUUCAAGCCCAACACGGUGGAAUGGGGCCUUGUGGGUUCCCUGAUGACGAUGGGCGGCGCCUUCUCCUGCAUACCAACUGGGAUACUUAUACACAAGAUUGGCCGCAAGGUGACGAUGCUUAUAAUGGUGCUACCUUUCCUUAUUGGCUGGCUGCUCAUCAUUUUUGCCCAACACGUGGCCAUGUUGAUAGUGGGCCGCUUCUUGGUGGGCUUUUCCGGCGCAUCUUACUGUGUGGCGGCGCCGAUGUACAACACCGAGAUUGCCGAGCUAUCGAAACGCGGCAUUAUGGGCUGCUUCUUCCAGCUGCAGAUCGUCCUUGGUAUUCUGUAUGGCUUUAUAGUCGGUGCCUUUGCAUCCUGUCUGUGGUUCAGCAUUGCCUGCGCCAUCUGUCCAGUGGUCUUUUUCGUCACGUUCAUUUGGAUGCCAGAGUCACCGGUCUAUCUGGCGCAAAAGGGUAAAACCGAGAAAGCCGAAAAGUCACUGCAGUUUCUACGAGGCAAGAAUGCGGAUGUGAGCGGCGAACUGAAGGACGUCACCGGCGUUCAGCAGAUGGAGAGUGAGAGUGUCGGCAAGAGGCUCGGCCGGAGGGCCACCGUCAAGGGUCUGAUCCUGUCGAUAGCGCUGAUGUUCUUCCAACAGUUUACCGGCAUCAAUGCGGUCAUGUUCUAUUCCACGCCCAUCUUUGCCAUGGCCAAAUCGGACCUUGAGCCGCGCUUCUCAACAAUUGUGAUUGGCGUGGUCCAGCUGGCAGCUCUUAUACCAUCUAUCCUUCUCAUUGAGCGUGUGGGCCGUAGGAUCCUGCUCUUGGUCUCCGCCUUUCUGAUGGGCAUCAGUCUUAUGGUGAUGGCAGUGUAUUUUGGAUUUCUUAUGAAGUCCAACGUUGGCUGGCUGUCCUUGUUAUGCCUUGGCGUGUACAUCAUCGGAUUCUCGGUGGGAUUUGGACCCAUACCCUGGCUAAUGAUAGGAGAACUAUUUGCCGAGGAUGUCAAGCCUUUGGCUGGUGCGAUAUCUGGCACUACCAACUGGGUGUUUGCCUUUAUUGUGACCAUGCUGUUUCCUCUUCUAAACGAUUCCAUAGGACCCGGUCCUUGCUUUGGAAUUUUCUUUGUCAUUGCUGUUUUAGCCUUUGUGUUUAUCCUACUCCUGAUACCGGAGACCAAGGGCAAGACCCUCGACGAGAUCCAGGAGAAGUUGGCCAAGAAGAAAGAGUAGGUCUCUAGGGACUCUUUCGUUUGGAUGUAUAUUAAAUAUUUUUUAAGACCGGAGUAAUUAUAUUUAGUGAUUUUUAGCCGGUGAAAUUAUAAGUUAAUAAAAUAUAGUUAUAAA